CAAAAGUACGUCACGGCCGGUCGUCAUUCCGAUAUCACGUGAUUGCUGGAAAUGAAACGGAAUCAGCCUUUGCUGAAUUUGAACGAUGCCGUCAAAUUGUUGUUUGUUUGCUGUUUGUGUCUUGGCCGAAUGAUGCUGAGGCAAAAACGGGCUUAGUUGAGAAAAUAUUUGCAAUUGUUUGUUGUGAAAAGCGUCUGAAUAUAUCCGUUGGCAAAUGUCAAAUAUUGAUGAUUUUUGGAUGUAUUCUUGUUUUGCUGCAUGCAAAAGGCCACAUUUGCCAACUUUCCUCUUUGCUCCCUUAUAGUUGCAGCCUCCUCCCUUCCUUCCAUCUCUGCCUCCCUCUCUCCCUCCCUCCCUCCCUGCACCUUGGAAAGCUUUGCAUGGAAUAAAGAGUUCCACUUCCUGCAAGUCACAACUCCAUCCUAGCCGUGAGGGAAGAGGUAUAGUGGGCGAAGUGAGGGGGGUGUGUGUGUGCGUACAUGCAUGUUCCUAUUUCUAUUACCGUCCUCUUUUCAAGUGGAGCUGCCUCAUAUACCGCAUAAGGAGCGGAUAUAGGAGGGUUCCGAGGUUGGGAAGUCGCGGACCGUGGAAGCUCUACCCGCCGACCAUCGACGACUACAGCCCGGCUUGAGUGCUGCUGUUGACUCGGGAGGAGAACCGCUGCAAGCAAGCUGAGGCUCCCGGGGAGUUAAUGUACUGGAAAAAUGAAGUUCUGUCCCCUCUAUCAGAGGGCAACACAGUUCCCACUACGAAGCAGGUGAUCUCCACGGAGCGGCAGAGCGCAGCCGGCUGCAGCGUGGACUCCAAACAAAUGUCUCAGUCGGACGCAGAGUCCCAGCGGGCCAACGUCAUGGAGCGGGAGGACGCGCGGUCGUCCCCGAGCACGCCCUCCACGCCCUCGGUGUGCUCACCCACCUCCACAGCCAGCUCGGUGCCUUCCACCGGCAAGAACGUGUGCGCCAGCUGCGGCCUGGAGAUCCUGGAUCGAUACCUGCUCAAGGUGAACAACCUGAUCUGGCACGUGCGCUGCCUGGAGUGCUCGGUGUGCCGGACGUCGUUACGUCAGCACAGCAGCUGCUACAUCAAAAACAAGGAGAUCUUCUGCAAAAUGGAUUAUUUCAGUAGGUUUGGUACCAAGUGCGCCCGCUGCGGGCGUCAGAUCUACGCCAGCGACUGGGUGCGGCGCGCCCGAGGCAACGCCUACCACCUUGCGUGCUUCGCCUGCUUCUCCUGCAAGCGGCAGCUCUCCACGGGGGAGGAGUUUGGCCUGGUGGAGGAGAAGGUGCUCUGCAGGAUCCACUAUGACACCAUGCUGGAGAACCUCAAGCGGGCGGCAGAGAGCGGUAACGGUAUCACGUUAGAGGGGGCCGUCCCCACGGAACAAGACAAUCAGCCCAAACCGGCCAAGAGGGCUCGAACGUCCUUCACCGCAGAGCAGCUGCAGAUCAUGCAGGCUCAGUUCGCCCAAGACAACAACCCCGACGCUCAAACGCUACAAAAACUGGCUGACAUGACGGGUCUCAGCAGGCGAGUCAUCCAGGUGUGGUUCCAGAACUGCAGAGCGCGACACAAAAAGCACACGCCCCAGCACGGCGGGGCCCCCCAGGGUCACCCCCAGGCCAGGAUGACCCCUUCUCUGCCUGAUGAGCUCCACUACUCCCCUUUUGGCAGCCCCGAUCGCGCCCGCAUGGUUGCCCUGCACGGAUACAUCGACAGUCACCCCUUUUCCGUCCUGACGUCUCAGAGCCUCCCCCACCAGGCCAUGUCGCUGCCCCAGCUGCCUCUCAGCCGCUAGCGCCGCACGCCCACGGCCCCCCCACCCUUCUACUCCCUUCACUGAGCCCAGGUCAAGAAGGACCGUAGCCCCGCCCCCCCAGACAAGGACGUCAUACAACGCAACGAUAUUCCACCUGAGCAGGAAAUGGCUACGGGACCCAUCAGGAGCCGUCUAAUUGCUGGAACUCGUCACUCGUGUGUGUGUGUGUGUGUGUGUGUUGUUGGGCCGACAAUGAAGGAAAAGCACAAAGUCUGACAUGAACUCAACUAAAAAAAUGAUCAGAUUGUGUUUUUUUCAUGUGUGAGCAGAAAAAAAAACAGUAUUGGUACAAAACUGACAACAUGGAACGGAACAUGUGAGGUUUUCUUUGUGUGUGUGUGUGUGUGUACUUCAUGGCCAUCGUGUAAAGACGCGACUCCAACACGACCUCAAUGUCCUUGUAAUAAUUUAUUGACAUGGUAAAUCCCUGUAAAGCACUUUUUGUCUUCUUUUCCGAGAUGCUUUUGUUAUGAAAAAAACAAUCAAAUAAAAGAAAGUGGCAAUGAAAGGAAAACACUAAAAGUUGAUUUGUGCCUCAUCAA